CGUAAUUACAAGUAUUGUGUAUCUUGAGUAGAACGAUUUGCGAGGACAUUAUUUAUUAUCCCGUUAUAUCAUACGUUGAAUGUGUGAUACAACAGUGGCAACGAGGUAUUGAACAAUAUCGCCACUGAUACAACAGUGGAAACGAAGAUUCGGACAAUAUCGCUACUGAUACAACAGUAGUGUCAGGGUUUUGAACAGUACGAGAAUUCGAACAAUAUCGAAACUGAGAAUAGUACCGAAAUGGAACAGUUACUGAAAACAGUCGUAAAGCAACAAGAGCAGCAGCAGCAGCAACUACAGAAGUUAACAGACUUGAUACUGCAGUCAGGAAAUACGACAGAAUCAUUUUCAGCGGACGGAGUUACAAACUCCAUCGAAAAAUUUCAGUACAAACUGGAUGAAGGAACUACUUUUACCGCAUAUUACAAACGAUAUGAGGACAUAUUCAGAGAGGAAUGCAAGGGAUGGUCUAGUGAAAGGAAGGAAACCAUCAAGAUACUUGAAAAAGUGGUAAUCAGUAGGAGAAAGGUCUUGGGAAUAAGCUGGAUGGAGAAGAACUUCGUAGCCAAGUUCCUUCAACUUCUGGAGUGUCAGUAGUGGAAUGUGUGGUUGAGCAUUGU